CUACUGUUGUCUUGGUGCUGCCCAUUGCUUCAAGAGAAAAAAGCUCAAUGGUAAGUGGGUUAUCAACUUCAGUAGUGGAAGUGUGAUAAUAAUUUCUACUGAUGUCUCUGUUUUCUAAUCCAUGAUGCAGCCAUUCACAGUGAAGAUGUAUGGUUUACUCUUCAAAACAGAGGUGUAGUAGGUCUGUGUAAAAGAUCAAAAGGGCAAUGAUUGCUUUGCAAGUGAGCAUCCAAAUCUACCCCAUAUAUGACCACAAACAUCUCUACGAAAGUUCGUGAUGAAGAAGAAGCAGAGAGAGCGUUGAGUGCAGCAAUCCGUAUGGGCACCACCCACCUCAUCUUGCCUCCCCUCAACAACUGCGUCCUUCAUUGCCGCAAAGACCACAAACCAAAGAAGCAAUAUUGAAGCCACCAACUUCGAUGAACCACCUUUCCUCUUCCAAGCACCUCUCGCCUCCGUUCAUAUACGACACCAACCAUCACAGAUCUCAUCCGAGGUUGAAGCCAUGGACUGGUACUCCUGGCUGUCCGAAUCUAGCCUCGAUCCGGGCCUCGUCUCCGAGUACGCUCUUCUCUUCUCCAACAACGAGCUCGUUGAGGAUGACAUCGCCCACUUCAAUCACGAGUUUUUGCUGAGCAUGGGCGUCUCCAUCGGCAAGCACCGGCUUGAGAUACUCAAGCUAGCCAAGAAGGGCAUGUACAGGUCGCCGCGCUCGGUGGCGAGGCUCCUCGCUGCCAUCAGCAUGACCAGGAGCUGCAUAGCCAAGUACGUCCGCUCCCUCGUUCGGCGGAACAGUUCCGCCAUCGUCGUCGUCCCCAGGCCUUCGUACAACGGCGGAGCGGCGCCCAGGGGGAACAUGUUGAAGAGGAACAAGAAGCUGGUAAAAAGCAAGCAAAGAGAACUGCUGCUAACUGACGGUGGCGUAAAGGUGCCUUCUCCGGUGAGGGUGUCACGUAGCGCGAGUCCGAUGAUCGACAGGUACAAGGAGGGUGCUGAGGAGAUCAGGUGGGACUCCAUGUUUCAGGACCUGAAGCCCACUUGAUUCCCAUGCUGCACAAGGCUUUCAUGUGUCAUUGGCUAUUCAUGUUGGGAGGUGGUAGUGGUUCAAUAGUCUGUUCUUCUUCACUGUAGCUGCUGUUGGAAUUAUGGUGUAAAUAGGAAAGGAAAAGGCUAAAGCUGAAUUGAAAACUAGUAGAGAUUUUUCAUUUUUUUACUUCCUCUUGGAGAGAAGGAAAUGAUUGGAGGUUAGCUAUGCAAUGCAUGUAUCUAUGAAAAUUUUAAUCUAUUUUCAUAAAUAUAAGCUCUUACAAGCUUGCUGAAA